AUGUCUAAUAGCAAUGAUACUCAAAACAAGUUGCCUGUAAGGGCCGCAUUUGUUGUCCUUGUCCAGGAAGCAGAUAUUUAUAAAUUGCGAAACACAAUGUUAAGUAUAGAAAGGCGUUUUAAUGAAAAACAGGGGAGAGGAUACCCUUGGAUCAUUAUAGGUGAUAAAAUCUUUUCGCGUAAAUUUCGUGAAUGGACUGUAAGCUCAAGCAAGUUUCCUGUGUUUUUUGGCCAUGCCCCCGAAUUUGAAUGGCAAGAGCCAUCUUGGAUAGAUAUUAAAAAGGCUGAACGAAACAUGAAAAAGAUGGUAAAGGAGCACAAUAUCGAUAAUGGAGAAAGUAUGAGCUGGAGAAGAAUGACCAGAUAUAGUGCAGGGUUUAUUUUUAACCAUCCACUCUUAAACGACCUUGAAUAUUAUUGGAAAGUUCAAGCUGGUUCAGUCUAUGAUUGUGAUAUUCCCUAUGAUCCUUUUCAAAAAAUGAAAGCUCAAAAGAAGAAGUUAUCAUUUGCUUUGUCUUUGACAGAAAAUCAACAAAAUCUUGAAGAAUUUCAGGAAACAGUACACAAAUUUAUUGUGGAACAUAAAAAUAUUAUUCAACCUGUCAAUAGAACUAUAUAUAAAGCAUUACUUAAUUCAGAGACACGAUUUAAACAAAUAGAAGAUGGAAAUGACCUUCUAGGUGAAUAUAGUGGCCACUUUAGUAAUUGUAUGUUUUAUAAUAAUUACAUGAUAUUUUCAUUGGAUUUCUUAAGAUCCAAAGAGUACACAUUAUUCUUUGAAGAAUUGGACAAAACAGGUGGAUUCCUUUAUCACAAAUGGGGUGACUCGUUUCCACAAACAGUUGCUGCAGCGUUGUUCCUGAAACGCGAAGAGAUUUCGUUUGGAGAUAUAGAAGGGUAUUCAUAUAAAAUGGGGGCUGUUUGCCCUACAAACUUAAAUCGCUAUACGGAGCUAAAGUGUACAUGCACUCAAUCUGAUUAUAGAGGUAUUCAUAAUAGAUAG